AUGAUUGCGACGGAUUUGAUUUCAGCCGCGAUCAAGGCGACUUGCAAUACACAGAGCCCAGGCGGAGUCGAGCGAUGUGUGGAUGUCUUGAAUCAGUUGAAUUCUCUGUCUCUCUCCGCCACGGAUAUUCGUCAAUUGUCUGUGCCAAUCUUUAAACUUGAGACUCUGAGAAGGCAUAGGAACCCUAAGAUCCGUAAGGAAUCUCAGUCCUUGUUUGAUUCCUGGUUGAUUACUCUCUACGCACAAGGAAGAGACCAAUCUUUGAAGUCCGGUCUUACCCAGAUUCGUCUGAAGCCGAGAAAUCUUGCGUGUUCUUCGGAGUUGAACAAGAAGAAGAAGAAAGAAAAAGAACAGAGUUCUCUUAUGACUCUUGAACCGGAAAAGAUUAAAAAGACUGGCUUUUUGGAGACGAAGAAGAGACAAGACUCGAAAGCGUCGAAUACCAAUCUUUUGGAGACGAAGAGGAAACGGGACAUCAAAGACAAAGAUGGUAAAGUUACAACCAAAGCCUUGAUCCCUCCUCCCAGAAGGCAUGUCUAUACGACAAAAGAAUCUGGAAACCCUAGAUCUGAGGCCUUGAAGAGGACGACAGAGGAGAUGGUGGAGCUCUUCGAAUCAGCAAAGAAAGCUGCUGAUGUGGCAAACGCGAAAGGUAUUCUCUUGGGGAAAGCAGAGGCGUCACGAUGCGUUGAUGCUCUCUCUUUACUGAUGAAAAUCAAUUUCAUCCCAAAACCUAAAGAGCCAAUGCGGAUGAUGGAGAGACUUGAGAGACUUACAAAGCACAAAGAUCUUAAGAUUUGCUCUGCUGCAUCUGCCCUUCUUCGACUUUGGAGACAGAGGGUUAGAGAACAAGAACGCAAAGACUCCAUUGGAUUCAAAAGGUUCUGA